AGCGGGACCACCGGACCAGCGGCGCGGCUGCGCUGUGCUGAAGCGGCAGCCAGCAGCGCACGCUUCCCUCGCCUCCUCCUCCGCUCCGCUCCCCCGCCAGCCAUUAACGCUCGCCUCCCUCCUUCUCGCUCUCUCUCCUCACGCGCCCCGCCACCACACUCCUAUUUAUCACCGCCUUCUCGCGUGGAACCCUAGUCUGCCGCCUGCCUGCCCCAACUCGCUCUCUCGCUCGCUCGCCCGAAUUCGGCGGCGGUGGCCUGUCAUUGCCGUGUUAAGGUCCGGUGUGGUGCGGCGCGGGCGCCGCCGCGGAUGGGGAACUGCUUGGGCUCCCGGAUCACGCACGGGAGCACUCACCCCGCCGCCUCAGGAUUUUUCUCAAGGGGUACUGGUAAAGAUGGGAGUAGGCUUAGUGCAUGCAGCAGUCGGGCUUCAUCGUCUUCCAUGCCUCCAAGUGCGAAGACUGAAUGGGAGAUCUUGCAGUCAGCCAAUGUUAAGAUCUUCAGCUAUAAUGAUCUCAGGUUAGCCACAAGGAGCUUUCGUCCUACCAAUGUGCUCGGUGAAGGAGGGUUUGGGCCUGUCUAUAAAGGAUGGAUCGAUGAGAAUACAUUGUCAGCUUGCAAACCUGGCUCUGGAAUACCUGUUGCUGUGAAAAGACUUAACCAGGAGGGUUUGCAAGGGCACCGAGAGUGGUUGGCGGAAGUUAAUUUCCUAGGUCAGUUUUGCCAUCCCAACCUUGUCAAGCUGAUUGGGUACUGUUUAGAGGAUGAGAACCGGCUGCUAGUGUAUGAGUACAUGCCACGUGGGAGUUUGGAGAAUCAUCUUUUCAGGAGAGGCUCGCACAUUCAGCCUCUUCCAUGGAAUCUAAGAAUGAAGGUUGCACUUGGAGCUGCAAAAGGACUUGCCUACCUUCACAGUGCAGAGGCCAAAGUUAUUUAUAGGGAUUUUAAAACAUCCAAUGUUCUCCUUGACACUGACUAUACUGCAAAGCUUUCUGAUUUUGGAUUGGCGAAAGACGGUCCUGUUGGUGAGAAGAGUCAUGUAUCCACAAGGGUAAUGGGAACAUAUGGUUAUGCUGCUCCAGAAUACCUGUCAACAGGCCAUCUUACUGCAAAGAGUGACAUCUAUAGCUUCGGGGUAGUGCUCCUGGAGAUGCUCUCAGGUCGUCGGGCCAUUGACAAGAACCGGCCCCAGGGGCAGCACAAUCUUGUUGAAUGGGCCCGGCCAUAUCUCACACAUAGCCGCAAGGUAUUCCGUGUCCUGGAUACCAAGCUAGAAGGUCAAUACUCCCACAGAGGUGCGCAGACAAUUGCUGCCCUUGCUGUCGAGUGUCUGUCGUACGAUGCUAAGAUGAGGCCAUCCAUGGACGCCGUAGUCUCUAUCCUAGAAGGGAUUCAAGGCUCCAGUGAGGCAGACAGAAAACCAGCAACAGAGAAGCAUCAAGAGCCCAAGGGUGCAGCCAAAAACGACCCUGGCGCAGGUGCUUGCAAACAUCGCCGCAACAACUUGGGAGGCAUCAAGUUGGAGCCCAGUGGUCGCAGUGCAAAGCCAAACCUGGGAGACAUUCGGAAGGAGCCCGAUGGUCAAGGUCCAAAGCCAAACUCGGGAGACGUUCGGAAGGAGCCCAGUGGCCUCACUCCAAAGCCAAACUCAGGAGACAUUCAGAAGGAGCCUGGUGGCCGCAGUCCAAAGCCAAGCUUGGGAGACAUUCAGAAGGAGCCUGUUGUUCGCAGUCCAAAGCCUCAGUAGAGCUGGAACUGACUUAGCUAGCUAGCUAGGUGGAGUAGUUUGUAAAUGCCCUGUGCAGAUUCCUAACUCCAGAGAGGUCAUCUAGCAUUUUCUCUAUUGUCAACUCAAAGGUUAAACCGGUGGUAUUCACAUGCCAGAAAACUCAAACCCCCUGGACCUGUGGUCAGACAGAACUGAAUCAGAUCCAUACCCAAAUUGGCUUAAGCUCUACCGUGCUGAUCUUUUC